AAUUCAAAUUCAAUCAAAGUAUUAUGAAAUCGUUUUUUUAGGGUAAAAAAUUGAUUGUACAAAAUUUAACUCUUGAGAGACAAACGAGGUACAAAGUGAUAUUAAAUUUUAAGCUAGUGAGCAGACAGAAGGUUCUCAGCCACCGGGUGCCCAUAGCGCGGCCUCACGCACACCGCCCCACGCCUCACGCCCCUUGCCACGCUUAGCAUAUGCCGGUAAAUAUUCCAAGAACGUCCCCGUCCUCUUCCUCCCCAACCGCUUACCUCACUAACCACGUACGUACGGUAGCCGCGCCUAUAUUACCAGCACUCGUCGCCGCUUCACCCCUCAUUAAUCCAUCAACACCACCGCUUGCCCCCCUUCAUGUUGUUGCAUUGCCCUCGGGGAGACGAGGUCAUUAGUUGAUCACCAGCAGUCGAUCGGUUGGGGAUCAAUCGAGCAGAAGGCAGUCGGUGAUCUCUUGAUUGAUUUGGACGCCAUGAAAUUCGGAAAGUGGCUCAAGCGGCAGAUCGAGCAGAGCCUCCCGGCGUGGAAGGACGAGUUCCUGAGCUACAACGAGCUCAAGCCCGUCAUCGGCGCCGUCUCGCCGGCCGAGUUCGUCGCCCGCCUCGACGUUGAGAUCGAGAAGAUCAACGCCUUCUUCAUCGAGCAGGAGGAGUUCUUCAUCAUCACACACCGGGAGUUGCAGGGGGCGAUCAGGAGCGCGCUGGAGAGGAAGCCGGCGGUGCCGGCGUCGGCGCACGAGGCGGAGAUCGCGGCGAUCCGGAGGGAGAUCGUCAACUUCCACGGCGAGAUGGUGCUGCUGCUCAACUACAGCAGCGUCAACUACAUCGGCCUGGCCAAGAUCCUCAAGAAGUACGACAAGCGCACGGGCGCCGGGAUCCGGCUCGCCGUGAUCGAGACCGUGCUGGUGCAGCCCUUCUUCACGGCGGAGGCGGUGUCCCUGAUGGUGAGGGAGUGCGAGGCCAUGAUGGAGGCGGUGUUCCCCACGGCGCCCGGCGAGGGGCAGGCGGCGGCGCGGCGGGACCGCGAGGCCCUGGUCGCCGCGGAGCAGAGGAUCUUCCGCAACACCGUGUCGGCGCUCCUGGCCAUGCAGGACGUGCGCAGCGGCAGCUCCACGCGCGGCCGCCACUCGCUGCCGCCGCUCAACCUGCCGGACUCGGACUGGCUCCGCUCCUUCUAGCCGCCGCCCCCCAUUCCCCGUCCAAUGGCCCCCGCCGGCCUCUUCUUGGUGGUCUCCCCAGCCACCACAGCCACAGCCCACAGAUAUGUAAUUGGCUAUCUGUAGUUUCUAACUUCUUUUUUGUCUCCUUUUCUUUUUACCACAUGCUGGUGUAAGAAUUAAGAUGGUAACAAGAUGUGAGCAUACAAAUUCA